AUGGAUACACCACUCGCACAGGCGGAUGCUGUUCGCAGCGCCGUCUCUUCCGUCGCGACCUGCACCCCCGCGAUAUCCGUCUUGUUAAAGAACUUGUUGCUACCCAGGGACGAGACACCGAUAACCGACGAGACUGACACCCGACCUUCCUCCAAAGUCGCGAACCCGAGCCGAUCGAGAACAAACACGGUUACAAGAGCCCCGUCAAGACGCGCUAGACCCACGCCCGCACCCACACCCACACCAGCUGCGGCGGAUGAUGGCUUGUCGGUGCGAGAAAAGGCAGCGCUCGCUACACACGUCGUCAAUGCCACCCUCAAGGCUCUUGGGGAGGCUGCAAAGCCCGCCGCGACCCCUGCGCCGCGACCUCCCCAGGAGGAUGGCUUGGUGAAGACGGCAACCACAAACGCGCUUCGGCGGACGAGUUCAGCGCCAAUGACCCCCUUACAACCCCGUUCGCUUAACAGGCAAUCGACCUCUCCUGUCGCGACAACAAGGCACGCCCGGUCCCCAUCGAGAUCUUCGAACACAACGAACCUCCUUGCCACUGUCGAGUGUGCUCGCGUCGCCCUCGCUGCGCUCCGCCAACUCCCCGCGUCCGGAAAGAUCACCCUCCCGGACCUUCAGCUCGAGUCUGGCAUGUCGGCUUUGGUCGGGAGGUUGAUCGGUCUAAACAUACAGGAACAGGCUAUCAAAGAGCUGCGGAUUUUGAAAAGAAAACUGGAGGGAUCUGCGGCUGGUGAUGGAAAGAAGGCGGCCAAAGCCACCGGUGCCGAGCCCAAAAAUUCCGCUCAGCUUUUCUCAGAACUUCUUGACUUUGGCACAGUGACGGCCUCGGGGCAACGGCUUCUAUUGGUCAUCACCACUCAAAUUCAGGUUCUGCGUGUAUUGGCAAUGGCCAAGAAGCCCUCAGCCAUUGAAGCUGUCUUGCCCUAUCUCCGGCAGGACCAAGCCUCCUCACCCGUCAACUUACUCCUCCUCGCGGCAAGGGAAGAUGGGGCUCACGUUGCCAAAAUUGCCCGACAAAUGGAAACGGUGGCUCAGUGCCUGUUCUCGCUAACCCCCAACGUGUCUAGCAAAGACGACAGCUUGGGGCAGGAGUCCCGGCUCAGCAUAUCACCGGCAUCUGCCCUCGAAUUGCAGGCACUCGCGCUCGAGGCCCGUCUGCAUUGGUGGAAAUUGGCGAAGCACAAGGGGGACGCCGAGAAGGAUGUCGUGGUUCCUCUAUCGAGAUGUCUUAACGCAUACAUCCGACGAACUUCCGAAACCGCAAAAUCCAGCUAUACUGUUUGCUCAGAGAUCUUUGACCGAAUCUACCGGCAGCUUCAAAGCCACGGCUUCUCCCCCUCGAAAGGAUCCAAGCUCCCCCUUGCCGGAAUAUGUCAAACCUUGGUAACCCUGGCGCGCGACGCGCAGCAAAUGUCGGACGCCGUCAUGUGGGCGACUAAACUGCGGGACGCCAUGGACCUGAAGGCCGAAUCAAUCGCAAAGACCUGUGCCAUUGCCGCCCAACUACUCUCACUUCACCUCAAGCAGCCUGCAAAGCAUCUCUCCGACGAAUUACUUCUCAAGGAAGUGGUUGCCGGUAUUCAGGGGCCUCUGCGCGGGGACACCACCGAACUAGACGAACUUCUGACCAAUGUUUGCGCCGUUCGAAAGACGGCCAUGCAUCUCCUCCUCGCCCUCGCCAAGGGCGGUGAUAACAUCUUCCAGCCCUCCUCAGAAGCCAAAGAGCUUCUGGAAACCUUCAUCCUGCAAUGUCCGCGUUUUUGCCUCCGGUGGCUGGGGAAGCCUCCUGGACCGAAGGGUAGCACCAAGGAUUACCUACGAUACGAACAGCGACGACAGCUUAUGUUGCAAAACCUUCCGCACAUCCUCGACUCGGCAUUCAUAACCAUCAAGACCUGCUUGGAUCAGUCACGGCUGUCCUGGGACCUUAUGGACUCUAUUCUCAGUGACUGCAACACUCUUUUGGAGUACACCGGAAACAAGGCCACAUCCGAUGCGUCUGCAUCCUACCAUGUAAAGAUUUCGCAUUUCUACUACUUACAAUACACCUGUUUGCGACAGCAAUCCACCGACCCGAAGGACGCCGCCCCCCUGCGUGCCCUGAGGCGCUCUAUCGAGUGCGUCAAGGACCGGACGAGCCGCGAAAGGGAGAAGGCCCAGCUCACUCUAAAGUUGGAGCGUAUGGCGGAGCUCUGCAGGACGCUCGGCAGGGGGGACGAAGCACUUGGUGCUCUUCAGGCCAUCCGGACGAGCCUGCUCGAUGACGGUGUUUUGGCAUACGUUGCCAAAUCCCUCGCGACCGGAUCGCCUACCGUUGUCUGGGCCCGCGACGAAAAGGCCGAGGGCCUCUCCCGCGCACUUUUGGCAAUCUCGAAAAUGGAACACGUUUGGAUCGACUGGACGGUGGAUCUCGAAGAGCCAGAACGCGCUGCGGCGUUGGAACACCGCCUGCGGUUCAUCUUGAUGAAAGAGGGGGCGAAGGAGGUCGACAUCACGCUGGAGCACCCUGUUGUUGACGCGUUACUUCGGACUUAUAUUCCCACACGUUACCCCAUUCGCAGACUGAGGGUGCUUCUUGUUUUGCUUUGCUCGGCCCUCGGCAACCUUGACAGGGCCCCUGAACUUCUCUCGGUGGCUAAGGACGCCGCGCAGCUUAAGGACACGGGCGACCUCGGCGACGACUCUGGGCUGGCUGGCUUUCUUCCGCACUUGAAGGCCCUGUACAACUCACUAGCAGCUGCAGUUGAUGGCUACCGCGACAAUCGGGUGCUCGACCGAUCCAUUUCCACUUGGCGGUCGAUUACCACAGCACGUCAGGACAGAACAACCCUGGAGAAGGUGAUCGAUGAUAUACCAGGUCUUUUGGAAUAUCUUCAGUCUGUCGCGGACUUCCUCCGCAUGAAAGGCCGGGACACCAUGCUGGCAACGGUUCUCGAGCUGAUCGCCGACAUUGCGCGGGUGUCCGAGGGACCCAAGGCCGAAGAGGUUGUCCAGCACAGUUCGUGCCUCGCUCUACAGUACACGAAUCUGGGCCAGUCAUCAAAGGCGGAGUUGAUUUUCCAGAAGGCGCGGGAACACAUUGGCGACGAACUGCGCAGUGAAGUCCUCGCCAACUUCCAUCUGUCUUUCACCGAGCACCUUCUUGCCCUUAGUAACUUCAGGCAAGCCGAGGACCACCUCACCCAGGCACAGCUCGCCUUCAAUGCCGACACGCCUCAGAAGCACACCCGGGCCGAGAGGCGACGGCUUGUCGCAUAUGCUUAUUACCUGCACUCUCUCAUCGCGCUAGAACGCGGCGACUCCCACCACGCGCUCGCCUACUCCCGAGACAGCGUUCGCACCCUUUUCCAAGAUUGGGUGAAAAUGGAGUCUCAACUUACGUCCAAGGCGUUGCCAGAGCAGAAUCAGGCCAAUGACCAAACCAUUAACGUGUCCGCAAUAACCCUCGCAGCAGAUGCCCAGCAGCAGAGUCCCGGACCCGAAUCUUGGAGGCUGUUCCACCUCCUCUACCGCAAUGUCUUCCGUCUCUCGUCGAUGUACGCCCACCUGGGCAUGUUCCCAGAGACCAUGUACUACGCAGAGCAGGCGCUGAAGAUGGCAAAGACGGUCGAUUCCGAAUUUUACAACGCAGAGUGCGCCGCCUGGAUUGGAGCGGUUUCUUGGAGAGCUGCCAACGCUGCCAAGUCACUCGAGAUGCUUCAAGAAGCAUCGGCCCUGCUCCCCAGCGACAACCGCUCCUACUCUUCGGCCACGCUCGCCUGCCAGAUUAGCUCCAUGUUCCUCUCCCAGAACGAUUCGGAAGGGGCGGCGCUUCUUCUAGCAAAGGCCGAGGCGAUCGCACAGAGCCUUGCUGUGAUGCCCGAGGUUGAGCAGCAGCCGGCUGAUACCGUUGUGGCGGAGAACAAAAUGGCGAAACUCAGCAUCGCACAGAAGCCUGUGAGGGGUGGUCGCAAGGCCGCUGUGAAGAAGGCGCCAGUAAAGAAAACAGCUAAAAGUGUGACUAAGACAAAAGCAGCCGUCACUGCCACCACCACUGCCCCCGAUACGCUGGUGAUCGAGGAGGACGCCCAGCUAGCUAAAUUACGGGCGUCGAUUCUUGUUCAAAAAGCCGUGUCUAUGCUGCAGCAAAAAGAAUGGACGGCAGCGCAGGCGGCCCUUGCAGAAGCUACCACCGCAUCGAAAGCGUCCGGGUUGUUGCCCGCCAGACAGGUUGCCAUGGCGUCGUGCCUAUUAGGCAUUAGCAUGGAACAGAUGGCACAAGAUCCUGUCUUUUCUGUUAUUCAGGAGUCGACCAUUUCCUUCCCUGCCCUCUCUGGUUCCGAAAAGGCUUCACCAGCCCGUGCGAAGGCUGCGUCACCCAAAAAAGCACGAGUUGCCCCCGCGAGCCCAGAGCUAGUCAUUAAGGAGACCAAUCGGGGGCAGUACGUCGACAACCUUCGCGAGGCCCAUGAUUACCUGCUCGAGGCACACUCGGUGGCCGCCCUGACUGGGGAUGCCAGCCUGAUUCACAGGAUCUCGGGCAUGCUCCAAAACGUUAGCUUGUUUCUCACUGCCACGUCGAACAAGACCAAGGCGGCUAUCCACUCUGCUCAAACAUCGUACUCGGUUGAGCUCGCUCGGAACCUUACCUGGCGUCGGGAACGGAAGGCGCUGAUUCAGGAAAAGAAUGGGGGCAAGAAUGACGGACUCAUGUGGCCACCGGCGCUUCAGUCAGCGACCACCAGAAGGUCGAGUCUCGGAUUUACUCUCGACCUCCACAAGAUCCAGCGGGACUACAUCGACAUCGUCCCCAAGCCGUGGAAUGUCAUCUCCAUCUCCCUCAGCGAGGGCAACCACGACCUCUGCAUUACCAAACUUCAAGCUGGCCAGAGCCCCUUUGUCAUCCGUCUGCCCCUUGAGCGAGCAAGCUCCCGUGAGGCGGACAGCGAUGCUUUUGACUUUCAGCAGGGCCGCUCCGAGCUGCUGGAGAUUAUCAAGCUGAUCAACAAGACGUGCCACGACUCCAGGGAUAUGACUGCCAAGGGCGCGAAGGGCGCGUGGUGGACUGAGCGGGAGGCGCUCGAUGAGCGGCUGAAGGAGUUGUUGGGAAGCAUUGAGCAGAUUUGGCUGGGCGGUUUCAGGGGUAUUUUCUCGCAACACGUUCGCCGCCCGGAGCUGCUGGCGACGUUCCAGAAGGAUUUCCUGGCUAUCUUGGACAAGCACCUCCCUUCGCGGCGACAGGUGCGCGGGAAGAGGACCAAAGCGGCACAGGCGCCGAAGGCUACGUUGGACACAAACGUCCUAGAGUUGUUUAUCGGUCUGGGCGAUGUCACCCAGCCGGACUGCGACUUUGACGACGAGCUCACCGACCUCCUCUACUUUGUCGUGGACAUCCUGCAGUUCCACGGCGAGCGCAACGCCUACGACGAGAUCGACUUCGACUCGAUGGUCGUCGAGACCAUGGACGCCCUCAACGCGUACCACUCUUCGGCGCACGCCGCCGAAGACGCCCCCACCAACAUCCACACCAUCCUCCUCCUCGACAAGGCCCUGCACGUCUUCCCCUGGGAGUCGCUCCCCUGCAUGCAAGGCCUCGCCGUCUCGCGCAUGCCCUCACUCGCCUGCCUCCGCCGCCUCAUCCUCGACCGCCGCCAGCGCGAGGACGCCAACGACUCCACCCCCGAAGGCCACCACGCGCCUCUCGCCCUCGGCGGGACCUACAUCCUCAACCCCUCCGGCGACCUGACCUCCACCCAAUCCACCUUCGCCCAACCCCUCGCCACGCACCUGCCCUCCCAAACCUGGAAGAACAUCACCGGCCGCGCCCCCACCGAAGACGAAUUCGCACACGCCCUCACCGCCUCCCACAUGCUGCUCUACUUCGGCCACGGCUCGGGCGCGCAGUACAUCCGCGCGCGCACCAUCCGCCGCCUCGACCGCUGCCGCGCCGCCGUGCUGCUGAUGGGCUGCUCGUCGGCCGCGCUGGCGGACCACGGCGACUUUGAGCCCUCGGGCCCGGUGUGGAAUUAUAUGAUGGCCGGGUGUCCCGCGGUGGUGGGCACGCUGUGGGAUGUGACGGAUAGGGAUGUGGAUCGGUUUGCGGGGGGGGUCGUCGAGGAGUGGGGGGUGCUGCCGUGGGGGGGGGUGGGUAAGGAGGGGGAGAAGGGGGAGAAAGGAAUGGGGAAGGGGGGCGAGUCAAAGCCCACCGCCUCCUAG